AUGGACCCAGCAGACUUUCUAAACAUGCGCGCCGGCCGCCGACCGAUCGUCCAGCGGUUCGAUGAAUACUACCGCUGCUACCCCAUCAUCAUGGCCCCCGGCAACGCUCGACCAGAACUGAACUACGGAUCGAAGAUCAUCCUACCUCCCUCAGCCCUCGACAAAGUGUCCAAGCUUCAUGUGCAGUGGCCACUAUUGAUGGAGCUUAUCAACGGGGCCGGACCGAAACAGACGCAUGGUGGCGUGCUGGAGUUCAUCGCAGAGGAGGGCAGGGCAUACAUCCCACAAUGGAUGAUGGAAACACUGGGCAUGGACGUUGGUGACAUGAUCCAGAUACGGACGACAUCGCUGGAGCUUGCCAAGAUGGUGAAGCUGCAACCCCAGUCUACUAACUUCCUCGAUAUCAGCGACCCAAGGGCAGUGCUGGAGCGAGCCUUUCGAAAUUUUGCGACACUCACAAAAGGCGAUGUCUUCAACUUUGAAUACAACGACACAGUGUAUGACGUUGCGGUGUUGGACGUCAAGCCCGAAACCGACAGGAUGGGCGUAUGCAUGAUCGAGACAGACGUAUCAGUCGAGUUUGCACCCCCAGUGGGAUAUGUCGAGCCUGAGCGCCAGAGUGGGACGAGCACCCCUCGAAGCGGACGGCCAGGAGUUCCUGCUGGUGGCGUGCUUCACAGUCAAGGCACCAUGGCACAGGCCAUCAACUACAACGCUAUCGCGCCCUCUGUGACGAGCACUCCGACCAACUUUCUCGGCGAAGGACAAAAGCUGGUCAAAAAGGGCAGUAAAACUGCCACUCCCAAGCCUGCAACGCCGGUCCCAGCUGAUGCCGCCGUUCCGCCGACACGCCGCGACGGAGCUCCUGCCCCUCUUCGAUUAGCACCAAACAAGCUAUUCUUCGGAUACGAGAUUAAGCCGGUGAAGACUAAGGAAGAAAAAGAAGAAGAAGCGAAGAAUACGAGCAAACCACACUUUGCUGGUCAGGGACAGUCACUACGUGGCGCUGUCAAGCGCAAGGGCGAGGGCGAUGACAAGGGCAAAGCCCCUGAGAAGAAGGGAUCCGGUGAUGGAAGCCGCCUGGACCGCCGUCCGCGAUAA